AUGUCUUCACCUCCACCAGCAAAGAGACAACAUAUAAUUUUGUCUGAAGAACCAUCCUCACCACUCAUAACUAACGCUAACAGUAUUAACAAUCAUUGCAAUCACGUUAUGGGAGUCAACGGUGAAUCAGGUGUUGAUGAGAACUUGUAUAGCCGUCAGUUAUAUGUCAUGGGCACUGACGGUAUGAAGAAGUUGGCCUACACCAAAAUUCUCAUAACUGGCCUUAGUGGCCUCGGCUUGGAGAUUGCCAAGAAUUUGGUUCUUGGUGGUGUUGGGUCCAUCGAUCUACACGACCCCGAAGCCAUCACAGCCUUGGAGUUAUCCUCCAAUUACUAUGCAACCCUGGAGGAUGUAGGUAAAAACCGGUGUGAAGUUGUCCGGCCCAAAUUAGCUGAGCUUAAUAACUACGUCAUCCUAAACGUCAUCAAGAAGGAUGAACUAACUACAGAUGUUUUGCGCAAGUAUCAGGUUGUUGUGUUCGCCAGAGGAAAUAUGGACCAGUGGAGAAAACUAACAAAAGUUUGCCACGAGCUGAAUAUCAAGGUGGUUUGCGCAAGAACCUGCGGUCUCUUCGGCCAAGUUUUUUGUGACUUCGGGAAGGAUUUUACCAUUAUCGAUGCAACCGGUGAACAACCAACGUCGGUGUUUAUUCAGUCGGUUGAAAAGAGCAAAGAAGGCGUUGUGGUUGGUGUGGAGGAAUCUGCCCACGGUCUCCAUGAUGGUGAUUAUGUCACUUUCUCUGAAGUCAGAGGAAUGAUUGAACUGAAUGGUUGCGAGCCGCGAAUGGUUAAGGUUUUGGGUCCUUCCGCUUUUUCAAUCGGCGACACCUCAAAUUUCUCUCAAUAUGUUGGUGGUGGACUAUGUACUCAGGUCAAAAUGCCGGAGAAAAUGGAUUUUCUCGAGAUGUCUGAAGCUUACAAGAAUCCGAGUUUUCUCACCAGCGAUUUUGCGAAGUUAGAAACGCCGCCGCAGUUGCAUCUGUUUUUCGAAGCCCUCUCGCAGUUUGAAGUGCAACAUGGUCGUGCUCCGAUUCCCUGGAACGAAGAUGAUGCUGCUAUCUUUGUUGAAUGUUGCAAAGUCGUUAAUAAGGGUGUGGACGGUACUGCUGCUCAUGUUCAACAGAUCAAUGAAGAGCUGGCCAAAAUAUUCUCCUUUAUUUCUGCUGGGAACUGUUGUCCCAUUCAAUCUGUUAUCGGUGGCAUUGUUGCCCAAGAGGUUAUGAAAGCUUGUACUGGUCACUUCCGACCUAUUAAUCAAUGGUUUUACUUUGACGCCAUUGAGUGUUUACCAUCACCGUGGUGUAAGCGUGAAAACGGCGCAGUUCUAUCGAAGGACGACUUAAUUGCCCCACAUGGUCGCUACGAGGGUCAGUGCAAAAUAUUUGGCAGGCAGUUUCAGGAUAAAUUAGGUGACCUCAAGUACUUUGUUGUGGGCGCUGGUGCCAUCGGCUGCGAACACUUAAAGAAUUUUGCCAUGAUGGGAAUUUCUUGCCGUGAGGGUAAAUUAUUCAUCACUGAUAUGGACGUUAUCGAGAAAUCCAACCUUAAUCGGCAAUUCCUUUUCCGCCCAUGGGAUAUUGGGAAGUUCAAAUCUAUUAUCGCUGCAGCCACCGCCAAAGUCAUCAAUCCUGAGCUUAAAAUUAUACCUCACGAGAACAAAGUGGGUCCAGAAACCGAGGCUGUGUAUGAUGACGCUUUCUUUGAAGCCCUGGAUGGUGUCGCCAAUGCCCUUGAUAAUAUUGAGGCUCGGACCUACAUAGAUCGCCGUUGCGUGUAUUAUCGCAAGCCUCUUCUAGAAUCUGGCACAUUGGGCACAAAGGGUAACGUUCAAGUGGUCAUUCCUCAUCUCACCGAAUCCUACUCAUCAUCUCAGGAUCCCCCAGAAAAAUCGAUACCAAUGUGCACGUUGAAGAACUUCCCCUACCAGAUUGAGCACACCCUGCAGUGGGCACGCGACACCUUUGAGGGCCUCUUUGUUCAACAGUCAAACGCUCUUCGCUCUUACACCCAGAAUCCAGAUGAAUUUAUGUCCAAAAUGGGAUUGACGUCUAACCAAACAAUUGAUAUCCUGGAACCAUUGAAGCUGAAUCUCACUACUGCUCGCCCUAAGGACUUUGACGACUGUAUUGUCUGGUCUCGCAAUCUCUGGCAGGAUCUUUACUCCAAUUCCAUUCGUCAACUGCUUUUCAACUUCCCACCGGACCACAAAACGACCACUGGAGCUCCGUUCUGGUCCGGCACCAAGCGUUGUCCUAAGCCUCUCAAAUUCGAUGCAAGCAAUCCAAUGCACCUGGACUUUAUUAUGUCUGCUGCAAACCUGCGAGCUUUUAUCUACGGUCUGCGUGGUUCUCGCGACCUCGAAGCGAUUGCGAAGAAGGCUGGUGCUGUGAGAGUGCCCGAGUUUGUGCCGCGUAGCGGAGUCACUAUUGAGGUUUCCGAUGCUGAGAUGGCUGCUCAUCCUCGUGUCUUCUCACAGGACCCCAAGUUAGAUGACUUGAAGAAGUCCAUGCCAAAGGGUGACGACCUGCGGAAAAUGAAUAUAAACGUGAUAGAGUUUGAGAAGGAUGACGACAGUAACUUCCACAUGGAUUUCAUCACUGCGGCGAGCAAUCUGCGCGCAGAAAACUACGAUAUUGCACCGGCGGAUCGAUUGAGAAGCAAGCUGAUUGCCGGCAAGAUCAUCCCUGCUAUCGCCACAACCACUAGCAUUGUCUCUGGGUUGGUUGCACUCGAGCUCCUGAAGCUUGCUCAAGGUCAUCGUGAUUUAGAGUUGUACAAGAACACCUUUUUAAAUCUUUCACUGCCCUUCUUUGGCUCCUCCGAACCAGUGCCCCCCAAGUCCUGGAAGUACUACGACAACAGCUUCACUAUUUGGGAUCGCUUCGAAGUUCCCGGUGGCUUGACGCUGCAGCAAUUUUUAGACUAUUUUAAGAACCAGCACAAAUUGGAAAUCACGAUGCUUUCGCAGGACGUCUCCAUGCUCUAUUCCUUCUUCAUGCCUCCAAACAAACGCAAUGAGCGGCUCAAAAUGCAGAUGCCUCACUUGGUGGAGACAGUGAGCAAGAAGCGCAUUCCCGCACACGUGAAUGCUCUGGUGUUUGAGCUGUGUGCUACGGAUUUGGACGGUGAAGAUGUGGAGGUACCGUACGUCCGCUAUGUUUUGGAUAAGAAAUCGACCAACUCGAGCUAA